AUGGAUGUCCUUACCAACACAACCAGCGACGGAGCUCGCGGACUAGGUUCUACUGCGAAUCUCAGCGAUGCGAGUGGUCUUUUCAACAUCGACUCGGGAUACGCCAUGAUGUUCUUCUGUACCCUAGCUACAGUUACUUUUUUCGCUACAAAGCAGCGUACAGGCGGUACACCAUUCUCUGCAUCCGCGGAGCCACCUGCGGUUCCUCAUCUAAUCCCAUUUGUUGGGCAUCUCUGGGGGUUGAUGAGGUAUACCCAUGAGUACGCCAACACACUAUGUCAGAGCACACCGUAUCCGAUCUUUUCCAUUCCCGUGCUCUUUGACAAAGCGUACCUGGUGAACUCGCCACUGUUCGCACAAGAUAUCUUCCGAAAGAAGAGCGUGAGCAUGAUACCUUUAGUGAUAGAGUUUAUUGGUCGAUUGAGAGAACUCUCGGAACCGGCAAAAAAAGCUUAUGCCGACGGGUUACGGUCAAAAGUCAUACACCUGUUCGCUGCGAGGUUGACCGGGUCAGAGCGGAAGAAAAUGGCCGCUGCCGCACUCCAGGAAUUGACUGGGCUCCUCCCUCAAACUCUUCGGUCUGAAAGCGGUGGACCAGACAUGGGAAGAGAUGCCGUGGUGCAAGACCUUUGGCUCUGGAUGCGUAGUAUCAUGACAAUCACCACGACAUCGUCACUAAUGGGAAAAGAAAACAACCCAUGGAGCAAGGACGUUUCUCUCGUAGAUACUUACUGGCUCAACGUCAAGAAUAGCGACAAUCAUAUUGCCUCGCUUACAGUCGACAUGGCUGCCAUGCAACGCGAGCACGGGUUCACGGCUAGAGAUAUAGCAGCGACGUACCUGAUCAUUAUCCACGCGGCAGUGGCCAACGUGGUACCGACAUUAUUCUGGUGUGUGACAUACGUCUUCAGCCAGCCAGCACUGCUCGUUGAACUGAGAGAUGAGUUGAGUGCGGCAGUGACAAUCGAGGCAAAUACUGCAGUUGUGGAUGCCGAUCGGAUACAAUCCAACUGUCCACUUCUGCUAUCCGUGUUGCGCGAGACACAGCGCCUGGUCUCGGUAGGCACACUGCACCGCCGAGUCGUCGACGACACCGUCGUAUCCACCCACCGCCGCGAAAGUCAAGGGCAAUCUUACCUUCUCAAAAAGGGCACCAACAUGCUAAUUUCAAUGAAGAGCGCCCACCGCAACCCACUGACCUGGGGACCCACAGCCAAUGAAUUCCACGCAGACCGAUUCCUAGAGAAGCAGCCGAGUGCGAUGGAGGAAAAUCCAGAUGAUUCGACUCAUUUACGCAGAGUGGGUUACUUCCCUUUUGGCGGAGGCCAGGACCAGUGUCCUGGACGCCACUUUGCAAUCACCCAUAUAAUGGGCACCAUGGCUGUACUUAUUCUGGGUCACGAUAUUACAGCUGUGGGUGGCGGACCCAUAUCUCAGCCAGGGUUUGGCCCGUGUAGGAUGACAGAAGAUACUGUGCGACCACAUCCGGAUGCCGACUUAGGGGUACGGAUUGAAAGAAGACAAGGUUGGGAAGAAGUAGUGUGGCAAGUGAGGAAUGAUCACUGA